ACAACAUCACCAUGAACUCCUUGAUCGCCGUCUUCCUUCUCGCCGCCGUCGCCGCCACCAACGCCUCCAUUAUUGGCUUGGGAGGUACCCUCGUAGGACCCAGCAACCCCGGCGCCGUCAUCAGAGGGCCCGCGAUUCAUAGUGCUGCCGUCGGCCCUGACGGCAGCCAUAUCUCAGCGGCCGCUCAAGCCGGAGCUCUCGCCGCCGCCCCCAUUCCCGGAGGCGUCGUCUCCGCCGCCGUAGCCCCGGGGGCCAUCGGCGUCGGACUCGCUCACCCUGGUGGCAUCGUCGCUGGGCCCGUUUUGGGGCUGGGAGGUCAUGGGUUGUUGGGGGGAGGGCUCUUGGGGCAUUGGUAAUUUAGCAGUCUUGUCUCUGUGUUCUCAUAAUA